ACUGAGGGAGAAGCCUCUGAUCUGUUCAUUAACACAGGCAGGUGGAGGUGGAAACUGCACUCAGUAAACUCCAGGUACCCAUUAGUUUCAGCUGGAUCCACCUAGGGAAUCACUGCAGGCUGUUUAGACAAAAAGUCCCGGUUUAUCUGCUCAAGAAAGAUAUGAAGAGUACCACUCAGGGGACUACACUGAAGCAACAGGGUUUUCACAAUGUGAACAAAAGAAGGACUCUCUUACAGGAUAACAGCUGGAUAAAGGAACGUCCCGAAGAAGAAAAGAAAACAAACGAGAGGGAUGAGCCAAAAGCCACAAUCAGUUGGCACAGAUCUGGUGACACUUUGGACAGGAUCUCAGACAGAAAUGAUGCUGCCAAAACAUAUAAGGCCAAUACCCUGGAUAACCGAGUAACCAAUAGAAACAUGUCCACGUUUCGCUCACCAGAAGAGACAAAGAUGCAACCUGGAGGUUUGUUCAGUGCAAAUGCCACCAACACCCCAGCUUCCAACUCUGCUACUACUCCUGUAAAGAAAAAGAGGGAACCAACUGUUCACCCUCCAAUACCUCCAAAGCCCAGUUCUCCUGUUUCAUCUCCUAACCAGCUGAGGCGGGAUAACAGGCAGAUAUGUCCACCUAAACCAAGUGCAUAUACAGAAACCGGCAGAUCUGCUGAAAGAAAUAUAAGGGGUCAGGAUCUUGAAAACAUCGUCAAAGUGGCCACUUCAUUUCAGAAAGCUGACAAGGGUGAAGACUUAGAUAAUCUCAACAAAAUGAACAAAAGCUUGAAUAGACCCAAAAGCCUUGAAAAUCUCAUUGUUGUGAAUACCCAGACAGACAAAGAUGGCAAAGGAGGUGAAGACCUUGAUAAUGUUAUCAAAGUGAAUCCCAAAGAAAGUGAAAACACCACUGGGAAAGAAGACCUCAAUGGGCUUAUUAAAGAGAAUCCUGAAACAAAUAAAAAUAUCAAGGGGGGCCAGAGCCUUGACAAUCUCAUCAAAGUGACCCCUGAAGUAAACAGAAGUAACCCAGGGGGCCAAAGUCUUGACAAUCUCAUCAAAGUGGCUCCAGAAAUAAACAGAACUAACCAAGGGAACCAGGAUCUGAACCAUCUUAUCAAAGUGACUCCCUCAGCAAAAAAAAGCAGUGAACAAGAUCUUGAUGAACUUAUUAAUGUAAGCCCCAAAGCUGUCAAAAACACAGCCGGAAAUCAAGAUCUUGAUAAGCUCAUCAAAGUGAAUCCUGAAACUCUCUCCAACAACCAAAGAAACUGGGAUCUCAAUAACCUCAUCAAACUGAAUCCUGAAGUAAUCAGAAGCAAUCAAAGCCAAGCUUUGGACAAUCUUAUUGAAGUGAAACCUUCACCUCUCAGAAAUACUAAGCGGGACCAGGACCUAGAAAAUUUAAUUGAAGUAAAUUCCAAUAUGUCUAAGAGUAAAAAUGAAAGGCAAGAUGACCAAGUUAGUGGGUCUACUGAGGCUUUAAUCAGCCCAUCUUCUAGAACCACUGCCUACUCUUAUGAAGCACAGAAGACGCUCAGCUCCAAUGCUGAAACCAGGCAUGCAGGACCAAAGGAUACUGUUGUGUACACAAGGACGUAUGCGGAGAAUAGUAAAUCACCAAAGGAUAGAUAUCAGGAGAGUAUCUCUGGAAAAUACAUACAAACCAUUUAUUCUACUUCAGAUAGGUCUGUCAUUGAAAUGGAUAUGUGCACUUACUGUCGAAAACCCUUGGGCACAGAAGCUAAGAUGAUUUUAAAUGAAUUACAAAUUUGCUGCCAUUCCACUUGCUUCAAGUGUGAAAUAUGCAAACAACCUUUGGAAAACCUACAAGCCGGUGACAGUGUUUGGAUUUAUAAACAGACAAUACAUUGUGAAUCUUGCUACUCUCAAGUUGUAGGAGAAAAGGAAAGAUCAUGAACUUCAAGGACCCUUCAGGCCCAUAAAGGCAAACUGGAUUGAAAGUCUCCCACAAGAAAGUGUUUAGUCCCUAAGGCAAGUGCAGCUUUGAUGUGAUUUAAAGAGAUCACAGAAAGAUUGCCAGGAGGCUGGAAUUAGUGAACACAAAGAGAUGAGGUUGAAGAAGCAGGCAAGAUACAGGCCAUGGUUGUUUCAUAAUGGAUUAUUAAAAAUAUAGAUUAUCAAAUGAAUGGUGGCAUUUCAUAAAAUUCAUUUAUGCCUUUUAAAUUUGUGUCAUUAAAAUAUUAUUGACUACUGUUGGUUUCAUGAACAGAUUAAAAUUAUUUUGAG